AUGGCAGCGGAUGAAGGCUCACAGGACACCUUGCGGCUCCAGUUCAAGGCCAUGCAGGAGAUGCAGCACAGAAGGUUACAGAAGCAGAUGGAGAAACGGAAGGAAAAGGAACUGAGCCUCGAAAGCAGAGCCGAUGACCAAAACGAGCUCUUGGAGAUCUCCAGUGGCCUCAGCCUUCUCCAAGCUGGGGAGCAAAACUCAAAAAACAGCUUUGAGCAGAGGGUGCUUGAAGAUGAGAUUGAACAGCUUCGAGAUCAGCUCAGGGAAACAGUGGAUGAGAACGGGCGAUUGUAUAAGCUGCUGAAAGAAAGGGACUUUGAAAUCAAACACCUCAAAAAGAAAAUAGAAGAGGACAGAUUUGCCUUCACAGGGACAGCCAGUGUGGCUGGGGAUGCGAUUGCCACCAAAGUCGUCGAGCUGUCCAAAAAGAACCGGGUGCUGAUGGCAGAGUCAGAGGGUGCAAAAACCAGAGUGAAGCAGCUGAGCCAUCGCAUCCAGGAGCUGGAGCGGGAACUGCAGAUGGCCCUGGCCAGGCUGCCAGCCAAGGGGGCCGCCGAUGCAGGAGCCAAGCCACCGAGGGCCCAGAUGGGAGACAGAGCCUUGCCGGAGACCCCAGAGGUGAAGGUCUUGCGGGACAGGCUGGCGGCCACAAACCUGAAGAUGAGUGACCUCCGCAACCAGAUUCAGUCUGUGAAGCAGGAGCUCCGGAUGGCCCAGAAGGUUUUGGCCAACGAGGUUGGGGAAGAUGUGAACGUCCAACAGCUCCUGUCUUCACCAGGGUCCUGGAGGGGUCGGGCUCAACAAAUCCUCGUUUUGCAGAGCAAGGUUCGAGAGCUUGAGAAACAAUUGGGGCAGACCCGGAGCCAGCCUGCGGGCACAGCCAGUGACGAGCUGCCUGUCUACCCAGACCCAAGGAAGCUGUCAGCACAGGAGAAAAACCUGCUGAGGAUCCGCAACCUGGAAAGGGAAAAACAGGAAGGCUGGGAGAAACUGAUGGGUGAGCGGGAUGCCCUCCAGCGAGAGCUUGAAGAGCUGAAAAAAAAGUUCGAGGGCAUGAGAUCCCGGAACAAGGUGCUGUCAAGCGAAGUAAAGACCCUCCGGAGUCAAAUGGGGACCCUCGUGGAGAAGGGCAGGCAUGAUGAUGAGCUCAUCGACGCCCUCAUGGACCAGCUGAAGCAGCUACAGGAGAUUCUGGGCAGCCUGAGUCUGCAAGAGGAAAAGACACGAGCGUCCCAGCACCACCUAGACCAGCAGCUCAACAACGAGGCUCAGCGGAGCGGCAGCCUCGUCGCCCAGCUGCGGGCCCUGGUGGCUGAGCGGGAGGCCAAGGUGCGGCAGCUGGAGUCGGAGAUCGGGCAACUCAGUGUGCAGUAUCUUCAGAAUAAAGGAGUAGAUGAGGGGUCCAGUGGGCCUGAGGUCAACUCCGCCUGCACCAAGUUCCUGGAGGACUCGGGCCUGACCAAGUCCCAGGCAUCGGCAGGUGACCACAUUGGCAGGCUUGGAUCUGCUCGCUCCGUGACCAGCCUGGGCCACACGCUGGUGGAAUCUGCUCUCACAUGGCCUUCGUUGCCCAGUCCUCAUGGGGCCUCACCCAGGUUCUCGGACUCCCCAGAACAAAAAGGCUGGCAGGCACAGGUGACAGAGUUCAAGGCCCUCUGGCAGGCCGCUGAGGUGGAGCGCGACCGGCUUACUGAGUUUGUCACUGUCCUGCAGAAACGGGUAGAGGAGAGCAACAGCAAGCUCCUGGAGUCAGAGAGGAAGCUGCAGGAGGAGCGGCAACGCAGCGUGGUGCUGGAGCAACGUCUGGAGAAGAUGCGCCUGGAGCCUGGGAGGACGUCAGCUUCUCAGAAAGCAGCCCCCAGGAGCAAAACAGGUCUGCCUGCCUCUAACACCAGGCACAACCCAAAUGGGAACGAGAGAAAGGACCCAUCCUUCGCCCAGCUCUCCAGUGUGCCUGUGGAAUGCCAGAUGGAGGAGCUGACCACCAGGCUGGCCAUCCAGGUAGAGGAGAAUGAAAUGCUGAAGGCUGCUCUGGGCAGCGCCCUGCGGGGAAAAGAAGAGGACAUCCGUAUGUACCAUGAGACCCUGGGCCAGGUGAAAGGGGUCUUCCUGCAAGCCCUGCGGCAGCAGAAGGCUGACAAGCACUAGGAUGGCGGCCCAGUGUCAGCCUGGCUGGACGGGGCCACCUCAUGCCUUGAGAGGACAAGGCUCUGUCUGAGGACUCCAUCUGCUUCUGGAUGCCAAUCUGAGGCAGCCAGCUCAGCCCCUUCUCCCAGAAGAGGCUCUCCAAAGGGAACCAAAGCCAACAUCUCAGGCCAAGAGAGCAAAAGAGGAGCCCUGGUGGAGCCCUGGAGGAGACCCUGGGCAGGCUUGGCGACAGCAGGGGAGGGGACCCACCAGCCUGCUCGGGAUCAGCGAGAGCUCUGGGACAACAAACCAGCUGUGAAUAGACAGAUGCAAUCCCUUGAGCAGGUGCCCAUUGCCCUUGUCCUAGGGCCUAGCUGGGGGCCACUGCGUGCCCGCACCACUCCACAUGCACAGGAUUGCCCUCUGUGCUCCAGGCUGGGCGCAUCCCCCAGGCCACCCAGCCCCAGCCCACCUCCCUCACCAGAGCAUCCCCACAUCCCACUCCCCACCCUUGGCUCCAUCUGUGGCCGUCCCCACCCUCCACAGACUUGGAGGCAGCACGCUCCCAGUCACCUUGUCAGCCCACUCCUGAGAGCUCCUCCUCAGAUGCAGACCCUCAGACUUGUAAUAAUAAUGAUUAUUCUCAUAAUCACCACAGCUCCCAGUGAGUGAGCAUCUACUGCGGAAAGCUGGCCCCAUCUAGUCCUCUAGUAGCCCAGGGGAUUGUCACCCUAUUUUCAGAUGGACAAAUUGAGUCUCACAGAAAGAUGCUGAGCUAAUAUUUAACCCUAGCCUGCCUGACUCCAAAAGCCGGGGCCCUCCAGUUGAGCAGAUUACCCAGGGCAGGCAUACCCACCCCACUGCUGGGCAGUUCUGCCCCCAGCCAGCUGCUCCAAGAGGCACCUCCUUUUGCUUCCAGAAGAUGACAGCUGGUGGGUGCUGCUGGCAGAGCGCAGAGGUCGGGCUGGGCUGCAGCUUUGGACAGGAGGAUUUUGAGGCAGUGAGUCCAGGCGAAGGUGCGGUGCGCCUCCCUCACUGCAGCCCAGGGGUGAGGUAGGACGGCUGCUGCAGGAGGGCCCCCAGGCCCCUCUGUGACUGUGGCACUGUCACCCCUCUUGACUGCAUUACUGCCAUGGGGAGGGGUGGCUCCAAGGAGAGUCAUCCGUAGCCACACACCCCUACCCCAGACACCUGGCCACACCUGUGCACACACAGGCCCACACAAAGACACAGAUGCACACAAAUACUGAGACUCAGGAGCAUGCAGCCAUACGUGUACACACACACGCCCACAGUGCAGACUCCACACUCACAGGCCCCUCCACACAGGUGUGUGCGCACACAUGCAUGUGUGUGGAUGUAGACAUGUGAAGACCAGUCACUUGUGUCACUCGUGCAGUGACUCACAGAUGCAGUGCACAUGCUGUGAAAACACCUCUUCCCCAGAGGAAGCUGCCUGGGCCUUCUGCUCAAGCCCUUCCUUAGGGACGGGGCUGUGAAGGGACUCCGUGCUGGCCCCCACUCAGGGAGCCCCUGACCCUGCAUGGGGUGACAGGUCUAGAGAUCCCCCGGCGAGGUGUCGUGAAAGCCAUCAGGACAAAGCAGUGAUUCUCAUGGGGUCCUGAGGGUCCCUGGGAAGGAGGAGUUUUUCUCUGAUCCCUUGUGAAGGGAAAUGGCCAGGCAGAGCCCGAGACAGCAAGAGGGCCUGUGCUGGGAGGGGACAGUGUGUGACAGCAAGGAGUGGGCAGAGUCAGCACCUUCUCCUGCAGGCGCUGGGGGGCCCCAGAGGGUGAUCUGACUGU